CGCCGAUUUUGGUUUUGCAACCGCGGUGGAUCGAGCCACUGUCAUAUGCUAACGAGUCAUAUACGCAGAUGAAGUUCCUAGACUCAGACAAGCAGCAAGAGGAGGCGGGCUUGCCAAGUAAAGGAGUUUUUUUAGGUCCUCGUGGAGUUUUCGCCUUUAUAAGCCGAGGGUGUCGAAAAGAGAUAACACUCGGUUGGGCUGCUUAAAGAAAAUGCACACCAAGGAUGUACACAUCUAAUCCUGCCCUUUACGAACCGUUUGAAGUGCGCACCAACGUGUUUCGCUGGAAGGAUGGACGGCACAGUGCUUGCGGAUUGGCUUAAAUAGCAGGCGGUCAGGGUUUCGUGGCGUAAGACUAGAGCAUCUUCCGCAGAGACAGAGUGAGCUGGUGGACACUCUUUAUGGCUUAGCAUGAAGUUUUUCUCAAUCCUUUUACGUUAGGGCGGGGUAAUUCAGCACAGUACUGCGCUCAGCCAGCUGGGUCGCCCACACUGUUCACGCGUGUGCGAAGAAAAUGAAGCGCAACGCCCGACACUACGAAUCCUCUUGAACCGACCCCGCGACUUGCAAAGAAUGCACCAGUAAUAGAGCCGUAUUUGUUGUGUUUUUCCAUGCUCUGAAGUGUGGAACUUCUUGUCUGCUUUCCGCCUUCUAGAAGGUGUGCAGCCCUCCAGCCUCACUGGGACUGAAUCGACGUGGGCAGCUCGCUGCCACAGGGAGGCCCGGCCGAGCGUACAACUGUUCUCCAAGUGCCAGUGGCGUACUUUCUCUUCACUAUAGUCAUUCAUUUUCGGAUUUUUCCGCAAGAGUUCGAGUCAUUCUCGCACUCUCGAUGUCGGUGAAGGUCCCUGAAAGGAAGUUGCAGGGAGACCCUCCAGGCUUUUUGCAGGCUGCAUGCGAUACCUGUAGUCAACUGGCUGAUGCGUCGUCGGCGGGUUGCAUGACCCGCGUACAUCUAGCGUUUUUCCGUCCGUCACAGAGUCUUCUCGCCUGCAGAAUAAGUUGGCCAUCUCUCGAGUUCCCAUCUCCUGGAUUUCGUCAGACCUGAAGAGUACAGAAAGGUUGCAGUUGAGUGGGAGAUUGGUCCGGUGCGGCGUCGAUGCAGCGGCGUUCGGCCGGCUUUGUGCUGGACAACUCCGUGUCAACAGCGCCGUGAAACUGAAAAUUUUUAGACCCGUGGAAGCUUCUAUGAGGUAACCUUGCCCACUUUGGCUUGGGAAACAGCCAUCUUCACGGUCGACUUGAAAGAGUCUUCAAGCCGCAUUCGGAUGAAACGCAGUUGUUGAAAGACAGAGAUUCCUGCACCGAAAUGGAAAGACGAAAUCCAUCAGAGGCGAAGAUGUCGGAAAGUGGCAAGCUGCCUGAAGCACUAGCGCCAUUUAUCUGCUGUGUCAGACCUGAUGGUUGCCGUCCGUGGUGCGGAGAGCAACCUGACGACGAGCUUACGGUACCGGGUGAUUCGUUAGAUGCAUCGCACAGAGGAAAGGAGGAUCCAGCGGCGCUUCUUGCCGAAGGAAUUAUAUGCUGCUUAAUGCACCGUGACGGUGGCAGCGUUCGAUGCAUCGUUAAACUAAACAGAGCUCGCACAGCGCUGAUCCUAAAAGCCGGUGAAAAAGGCAAGACAGUUCCGCUGGAACAGAUCCACGGUGUUUUGUUCGGCGAUGAGCUGAAGCGGGUCGAUGCUUUCGAAGCGGACAAUACACCGUGCGUUGCCAUCUACAUGGUUUCAGGUUCCGCGAUCCCGAUUGUCUUCCCGAGUGAGCAGCUGAAACAGGCCUUUCUGAACGGAGUUGGCUCACUUCGGAUCGGACCCGACGGACACAGUGCUACAGAUAAGAAAGCAACCGGAGAAUAGAAGUACAUCUUGAUUUGAAGAUGAUUCAAAACUGUCCUUUAAAAAGAGACGAGCGACCACCUCGGCGGAUUGUUUCAGCAACUUGUUCCCGCUCACGGAAGCUCGUCAACGAAACCUAUGGGUAUUCGUUUUCCCCUCAGUUACAUUUCUGAGGUGCCACUGCGUUCAACAAAUGCAAAUGAACCUCACACGUUUGCCUACUUUUGGAACAAGAACCGUUUUGUCAAUGCAAGUGAACAAUCAAAGCUUGGUUUUUGCUGCGCAAGCGACAGCGUCGAUGUGACGCGAGAAGAGGCGUGGAGAGUCCCUGCCACUGUGUUCGCUCGGAACUCAAACUUCGAGAUACCACUUCAAAAGCGGA